CUUGGCAUCUGAAACCGCUGACGUCAGUCGAGGGACACAGAUGCCCAAUGCACGCGUGCGCGGUGGACUUCCCGUGGGCUCGGACUGCGAGCGCGUCGGGUUCUUCCUAAGUCUAUUGGGAAACUGCGCCAGCGGGCGCUACAUCGGCGCACCUCUUCCGUCAUCUUGGCUCGUGCUGUUCAGUUGUUUACGGGCUGAGAUCCGGGAACCUCGGCGUUACGGCGGAGCCAUUCUGGCGCUGAUCGAUCCAGUUUCAUAACCUUGGGAGGGAGGAGUCUUGCUUGUCUGGGAGCCGGGGCAGCGCUGUGACGGAGAGAAAGAAAGAAAACUGGAGCAAGUGCGAACGGAACGGGAGGCGAAAUUGCAACCGAUGACCGUUUUCCCAGCAGUAGAUAGUUGCACCUGGACGGACGGGGGCGAAGGGAGUGAAGGAUGCGUGUCUUUUGAAGAAGAAGAGCUUCGAGAAGGAAGGAGGAGCGGCUCGUCGCAGCCCUGCAGCUCGACGUUCUGUGGAUUUCCUACGAAAAUUGAGAACAGCGGGAGCGCGCUUUGCUUGUUCGGGGCGCAGAUUAGCGCAAAAACAAAUGAAAUAAAGAGGAGGGAUGCGGGGCAACGCGGUUCUCUGCCGCGGUGUGUGUAGCUCGCAGUAGCCCGAGCCGCCUGUACCAACCAGUGGGACACCUCGGGUGAGGUGGAGCGCAGGAGGAGCGACAGACACCGACACCGCAGGCGGGCUCGUCCUCCUCGGCAAACCCGUUUUUAAUCACGCUUUGCGGAGGGAUUACAGGGCUGGAAGACGCCGGCGACGCGGCGGGGUCCAUGAGAGGCGUACACAGGGAGUGAUCGCACCCGUCGCCCGGCCGUGUGCGCUACUAACACGGACAGCGGGAUAUUCCGCCUCCGGGAGACCGGCGGAGCGCCUGCCUGGCUGUGAGGGACGGACAUUGCGGAGCACCGCGGCUCUCUCGGCCGAGGACAGCAGCAGUAGCCGGCCGAGGGCCUCUCCUUCGUGCCGCCUGACUCGAAAUAAGGAGGUUUGAUUGCGGAGGACUCGCCAGCGAAGGUGCGCGUCCCUGCCGGAGCAUGGCCGACGACGACGUGCUGUUCGAGGACGUGUACGAGCUGUGCGAGGUGAUCGGCAAGGGCCCGUUCAGCGUCGUGCGCAGAUGCAUCAACAGAGACACCGGGCAGCAGUUCGCUGUGAAAAUAGUGGAUGUGGCCAAGUUCACCUCGAGCCCCGGGCUCAGCACAGAAGAUCUCAAGAGAGAGGCGAGCAUCUGCCACAUGCUGAAGCACCCUCACAUCGUGGAGCUGCUGGAGACCUACAGCUCGGAUGGGAUGCUCUACAUGGUCUUUGAGUUCAUGGACGGUGCAGAUCUCUGCUUCGAGAUCGUAAAGAGGGCGGACGCUGGUUUUGUCUACAGUGAAGCAGUAGCCAGUCACUACAUGAGACAGAUCCUUGAGGCGUUGCGCUACUGCCACGACAACAACGUCAUUCACCGAGAUGUGAAGCCCCACUGUGUGCUGCUGGCGUCAAAGGAGAACUCCGCCCCUGUGAAACUGGGAGGCUUUGGUGUGGCCAUACAGCUCGGAGAGUCUGGUCUGGUCGCGGGAGGUCGUGUCGGGACGCCCCACUUCAUGGCUCCUGAGGUGGUGAAGAGGGAGCCCUACGGCAAGCCGGUGGAUGUGUGGGGCUGUGGUGUGAUCCUGUUCAUCUUGCUCAGCGGCUGCCUGCCCUUCUACGGCACCAAAGACAGGCUGUUCGAGGCAAUCAUCAAGGGCAAAUACAAGAUGAACCCACGACAGUGGAGCCACAUUUCGGAGAGCGCCAAGGACCUGGUACGGCGCACGCUGAUGCUGGACCCUGCCGAGAGGAUCACCGUCUACGAGGCCCUCAACCACCCCUGGCUUAAGGAGAGGGACCGCUAUGCCUAUAAGAUCCACCUCCCUGAGACUGUGGAGCAGCUGAGGAAGUUUAACGCCAGGAGGAAGCUGAAGGGGGCCGUUCUGGCCGCUGUCUCCAGUCACAAGUUCAACUCGUUUUACGGAGAUCCUCCCGAGGAACUGCCGGACUUCUCUGAAGACCCCACAUCAUCGGGACUGCUAGCUGCAGAAAGAGCUGUAUCGCAGGUGCUUGACAGCUUGGAGGAGAUCCACGCGCUCACUGACUGCAGCGAGAAGGACCUGGACUUCCUGCACAGUGUCUUCCAGGACCAGCAUCUGCACACCCUGCUUGAUUUGUACGACAAGAUCAACACAAAGUCCUCCCCACAGAUCCGCAACCCCCCAAGCGAUGCUGUGCAGAGAGCCAAAGAGAAUUCCACCCAAGAUGAUGCAAGCACAGCUUCGAAACUUCUGGAAUGUGUUCUGGAGGAGAUUUCCUGUUACCCAGAGAACAGUGAUGCUAAAGAACUGAGGAGGAUCCUCACCCAGCCUCACUUUAUGGCCUUACUGCAGACCCAUGAUGUUGUGGCACACGAGGUGUAUAGUGAUGAGGCCCUGAGGGUCACUCCGCCGCCAACCUCGCCCUACCUGAACGGCGACUCGCCCGAGAGUGCCAACGGGGAUAUGGAUCUGGAGAACGUGACGCGUGUGCGGCUGGUACAGUUUCAGAAGAACACGGAUGAGCCCAUGGGCAUCACCUUGAAGAUGAAUGACCUAAACCACUGCAUUGUGGCUAGAAUAAUGCACGGAGGCAUGAUCCACAGGCAAGGAACACUGCACGUUGGCGAUGAAAUCCGCGAAAUCAACGGCAUCAGCGUGGCGAACCAGACGGUGGAACAGCUCCAGAAGAUGCUUAGGGAAAUGAGAGGAAGCAUCACCUUUAAGAUCGUGCCAAGUUACCGCACACAGUCUAUGUCUUGUGAGAAAGAGUCCCCUUCCACCUCCAGACAGUCCCCUGCUAAUGGGCACAGCAGCAUUAACAGUUCUAUCUUGGACUUGCCUUCUACUAUCCAGCCGAAAGGACGACAGAUCUCCAGGACUGCAGUCAAGGAUAAAAUUUCUCCAAAGAUCUACGUAAGAGCACAAUUUGAAUAUGACCCAGCCAAAGAUGACCUCAUCCCCUGCAAGGAGGCGGGCAUCCGGUUUCGGGUGGGCGACAUCAUCCAGAUCAUCAGCAAGGAUGACCACAACUGGUGGCAGGGCAAGUUGGAGAACACGAAGAACGGCACGGCCGGCCUCAUCCCCUCCCCCGAGCUGCAGGAGUGGCGCGUGGCGUGUAUAGCAAUGGAGAAGACCAAACAAGAGCAGCAAGCCAGCUGCACCUGGUUUGGCAAGAAGAAGAAGCAGUACAAAGACAAAUACCUAGCAAAGCACAACGCAGUGUUCGAUCAACUAGAUCUUGUCACAUAUGAAGAAGUUGUCAAACUGCCAGCAUUCCAAAGGAAAACACUAGUCCUUUUAGGUGCCCAUGGUGUGGGUAGAAGACACAUCAAGAACACGCUUAUUACCAAGCACCCGGACAGAUUCGCCUACCCCAUUCCACACACAACCAGACCCCCAAAGAAAGACGAAGAGAACGGCAAGAACUAUUACUUUGUAUCCCAUGACCAAAUGAUGCAGGACAUCUCAAACAACGAGUACCUGGAGUACGGCAGCCACGAGGAUGCCAUGUACGGCACCCGACUGGAGACGAUACGCAAGAUCCACGAACAGGGGCUGAUAGCCAUACUGGAUGUAGAACCGCAGGCACUGAAGGUCUUAAGAACGGCUGAAUUUGCCCCAUAUGUUGUAUUCAUCGCUGCGCCAACCAUAACCCCCGGGAUCAAUGAGGAUGAGUCUCUCCAGAGGCUGCAGAAGGAGUCUGAGAUCCUACAGAAGACAUACGCGCACUACUUCGACCAGACCAUCAUCAACAAUGAAAUUGACGAGACUAUCCAGCUGCUGGAGGAAGCCAUCGAUCUGGUGUCCACAACCCCCCAAUGGGUUCCAGUCUCCUGGGUCUACUAGACCACUCUUUCUCCAUAUCCCCCUCCGCUUCCCUCCCCCACCCUCAAUUUGCAAUGCAUCUCUACGGAACUUCAUCAUUCCUUGGAAAAAAAAAGAAAAAAAAAAAAAAA